AUGGAUAUGCGCCUGGGUCUGCUCAUCGCCCUGUGGCUGGCGGCCUUUCAGGCCUGGGCUCUGGAGGCGCCACCAAGUGUUAACUCCACGGAGAGCGGACUGCUGCGGACAGUGCGGCAUGUUUACGGACAAUGUGCGGACAGCGAGGACAUCUUCUGGUGCUGCAAGGUGCAGGGAGUUCGCCUCUUGGGACGUGCUCUUAAAGUCCAACAGCUGGGGAUUGUGGAUGGAGUGAGCCUUGUGCGACGGGAAUCAUUCGGCCAGGAUACGCGGAGUGGUCGCUCCAGCUUGGUGGAGAGUCAGCUGAGCAACCGGGAUCUGGAGCAUAUGUCCGGAAAGAGCUUGGAUUCCCUGCUGCUGGAUCGCUUCCUCAACUUCCUGCACAGCCACCAGCUGCAGGUUAAUCUGCCGCGUUUGCUGCGGUUUGGCGAGCUGAAUGGCCAGAAUUGGCUGCAGCACUUGAUAAACUACUUUUGGCCGACCAGCGAAAGUGAGGGCCGCAAGAAGAAGGAGGACAAAAAGUACCUGGGACCGUUCAUCGCCGCCGUCCUGCUGAAGACCGCCAUUCUGAAGAUGGCCUACCACUCGAUCGCCAUUGUGGCGGGCAAGGCGCUGAUCGUGGGCAAGAUAGCCCUGAUCAUUAGCGCGAUUAUUGGCCUGAGGCGGCUGGUGGCCCACGACAGCAGCGAGAAGACCACCUACGAGAUCGUGAAGCAUCCGCAGGUGCAGCAGAGCCACACCUACUCGUCCAGCCACCAGGGAGAGUACGACACGGGCGGCCACGACAGUGGAUCCUACCACCGCAGCAUCGACGACGAGAUGAUGAUGCAGGACAAGGCCUACCAGGCCUGGAUGCCCCACGCGGGCGCCACCGCCUCCUCGCCCCUCGCCGUCAAGGGGUCGCGGUAA